AUGCAUGACCUAAUAGACCAUGGCACGGCGUAUCAUCGUACGCACCUUGACCUUCCCAAACAACGGCUGCUCGAGCGAUACCGUCUGACUUAUUUCGAUUCAAUACAUGAUGGCCAUUCCGAGCUGUGGUGGCAAGGGUUCAUAGAAAUCUACACCGAAGAAUAUCCAUGCACCGUGCUGGAUCGACGCUUUACUUCGCAGGCUCGCUACGAAGAGAGCGUUCGCUUGUUGCGAGAGGUAUUAGAACAGUGGAUGGAUGUGCGUGGAGGGAGGAUUGCCAAGCUUACUGCUUACUAUAGCACUGACCACCGGGACACCAAACAUGGCUCCAAUACCUCUUGCCCCACAGAUGUCUUAGAGACGAACAGUUCGGUUCAUAGCGAGAGGGAAGAUCCUCAGAGCGACGGUAUUCAGCAUGCUACCACUGGUCGCAUUCUGCAGUGGAGGGCCAGGGUUGCUGAGGCGGCGGCAACGGCGUAUGACACAGGGCAUAUGAUGGUUAAUGCGUGCGGCAUUGCUAGGAGAAAGAUCCAAGACAAUCAGCAUCCUGACGCAUUGAAGGAGCAAGGUCCACGCAUCGCCUUCUUCCCAUAUAUUACGUUCAUUCACCUGGAGGGUAAGAACUUUCGCUCAAUAACAGACACCCGAUCCUUGGAUGCUCGUAAGUGUUCUGGUCCUCUGUCAAGAGCUGCAGGGAAUGACGCGAUGAGCACAAGAUCAAGACAUGUGUCACGAGAGUUAAUUCACAUUGUAUCCCACCGACGCAGCCCAGAUGCAUCCCUGUCGGCCGAUGAUAGCUGCUUUGGCGAUCCUGCCAUUACCGACAAGGCUGGUAUGAAUAAAAGUAAACGAGUAGGAACAUUGCGCCAGGACAUUAUCUAAGGAGGAGAAAGCGGGAUAGAGAGAAAGAAACACU